UACUAAAGAGUGCAAAGACGCUUGACUUGUCAUUUGAAGAGAGUUGUUUGCCUUUGAAACAAUAGAGACGUUUCUUAACCCUAAAACAAUGAAUAAUGUUUCAACAAUUUCAGUGUUUUUUCUUUCAGGUCUCAAUGAAACGAGUCGGAAUCACAGAUCAGCUCUCUUCUUUCUCAGUUUGAUGUGUUACUGCAUAACUGUCCUUGUAAAUGUUUGUCUCAUUCUGAUCAUCAUCUUGAAUAAUGAACUUCAUGAACCAAUGUAUAUUCUGCUCUGUGCUUUUUGCAUGAAUGCACUUUAUGGAACAGCAGGUUUCUAUCCUAAAUUUCUGUCAGAUCUGCUCUCUCCUGUUCAUGUCAUCUCUUAUUCAGGAUGCCUACUGCAGGCUCAGGUGUUGUACUCCUUCGCCUGCAGUGAUCUGUCCAUCCUUGCCCUCAUGGCGUAUGACCGGUAUCUGGCUAUAUGUCGACCACUGGAGUACCACUCUGUCAUGUCGGUGCAAAAAGUCAUGAAGCUGGCGUCCUUUUCUUGGUUAACAUCAGUUUUCAUUGUUGCAGUCAACAUUUUUCUAACAUAUAAACUAAAGUUAUGCAGUCCAUAUAUUAACAGACUUUUCUGUGUAAAUUGGAGCAUUGUGUCACUGGCAUGUUUCUCUAAUGAAACCUCUAUUAAUGAAAUUGUUGCAAAUAUUACAAUACUAAUUUAUAUUCUUCAUGGUUUCUUCAUUGUUUGGUCAUACAUGUAUAUCAUUAAAAGAUGUGCCAGUUCUAUAGAAAACCGGGCAAAGUUCCUGCAAACAUGUGUGCCACAUUUAAUUUCCUUGUCCACCUUUAUUCUUACUAUUUUGAUUGAUAUUAUUAAUAAUCGACUUAAUUCUGCAGAUUUAGCUAAGACUUUGCAAAAUUUUAUUGCGAUGGAAUUUCUUGUCAUUCCUCCCUUGAUAAAUCCACUCAUUUAUGGUUUCAAACUGACCAAAGUUAGAAACAGAAUUAUUACUUUUGUUACUCUUAGAUAUAAAUAAAUUUAAGCACAUUUCUUUCAGAUGUAUUAAUAAGCAAUGCUUUCAUAAACUUUUAUUUACUUUGAUUUUUGCUUUCUAUUUAAUUUGUUUCUGCUCAGAAAUGUUUUUCUUUAAUUCUUGUUUCAAGGUGGUGAGAGUUAACUCACCACCUUGACCUGUUCAAAAUUUGACUUCAGAAAUGUUUCAUCUCAAAUGGUUUUAUACUUUGAUAUUCUGUGAAAAUAAAAAUGUUAAAAAUAAUG